UGCGAUGACUCAUAGCCCUGGAGUAAAUUGCGCGCGUAAGUUAGAACGUGGAUUUCCUUCUGCUAUUUAAAAUAGUUCUCAAAUUUCUCGGGAUUAGAAAUUGUCGAAGAAAAAAGGAGAAAAAUUUAGACUGCUGAUAAAACAGGGACUCUGGAUUUUCCAAGCUUGUCAAAUGUCCAUAGUUGUGUGUCAACAAAAACCCUAACCUAACUCAAACUAACCUCUAAUCUGAACAUAAACGUAAUCCUUGAAAAUGAAUAAAGACUUACUGAAUAUCGGAACAAAUGUGAAAAAAUGUCAAAAAGAAACUCUGACCCCGUACAAAAUAGCAGUCGUAAUGCUGAUCAGAGAGUACUGCAACGAACCGACAAAAGCGAUAAUAGAAAGACGCGAUUUUUGCGUCCUGGCGUUGAAACUGAUUCAGUCGCCAGAUCUAGACUUUCGUAACCUGCUGAACCUUCUUCAUUCCGAAGAGUACGUACUGCAGCGGUUCGCGCAACAGCUUGAGGUCAAGCUGGAUGAAUUAUACCAUAAAGGAGUCGAGGGUUUAUUGGAUCUAUCAGAAAGUCUCAUGCGUCUGAUGGACACGCCAUUAGAUCAUUGCGUAGCGCAUCCAGCUCUGAACAAGAACUCAGUUCUCGGUUUAUACACUAGACGGAUAAUAAUAUCCUUUGAGAAAUUAACGUUUCAUCAAGUGGUUGCGUUGUACGAAUCGUUUAAACCUUAUUGGCAAGUUCUGUAUAAAAUGGAGAACUUGGGUCUGUCGAUGGGACAUAAAAUGGAUGAACUUUUGGACAAUCAAAAUGACGUCGUCUGGGGAGGACGCCAGGCGGAAUUACUCGUCGCCCAACAAGCUCUUGCUCUUCAAACGGACGAACAUAAGGCAUUGCCACCAGCGGAACUGCAAGCCCUCGUCAAAGAGCUGCUCAACUGUAGUCCGUACUAUGCCGAAGCUCACUACCUCAGUUACUUGAACUGUCUACGAGUGAACGAAUAUUGCGGAGCGGUCGAUAGUCUAUACCAUUGUUUUGAUAGACUAGCACCUCUCGAUAAUCGGGCAACUUCCGAAGACAGAACUCGAACUUUCAGAUACGCCGCUUUAAAUCUUGCAGCUCUUCAUGCCCAGUUUGGCCACAAAAAAGUUGCUUUAGCAGCUUUGAAAGAGGCAAUUAUGAUGGCACAAGAGUCUGGGGAUAAUAUAUGUCUACAGCACGCUCAUUCUUGGAUGUAUCAUCUAAUCGAUGACCGAAAAGGACAACUCAUCGAAAGAUCUGUUGACAAGGCCAGCAUGCUCGUUAUCACUCACACAAUCAGUCUUCGCCUUAUAGCAUCUGCUCACUACUCUGCGAUCGAAGCAAAAAGUCCUCCUCAAGUGUUUGAGACAUUGGUAAAAUCUGAUGUCCUUAACUGCCAACAUUCGAUGAUUGACUUGAUGUCGAUGUCAUAUGCUGAGAAAGCGGCAUUGUGGGCUUAUUAUGGUAAGACAAAGAUGUCUUCGCUUUGUUCGCAAUUAUUACUAUUGCAUAAUUCUGGAGAUAAAAAACAGCAAAUGUUCAACGGCUCAUCGACAUGUCAGGCAGUAGUUAACGUAGCCAAUAUCUUUGUUGAAUUGGGUGAAUACAUUCUGGCUGAGGUGGUGCUGGAUCAUGCUAAAGAAAGAUUUCCAAAUGAACCGAGUAGCAAGAUAUGGAUGAUCAGUGAACAAAUGCACAAAUUCACACGGACAAUGAGGCAUGAAAAAUGGAGUGAAGCAGAAGCCAUAGCUAAACAAAUCUCUAGUAUAGAUCCUUUGGAGAGCAAAUUUAGGCAAGCUGAAGUUUCUUUCGCCAAAGGUGACUUUCCUAGAAUAAUGGAGCUCAUUGAUAGUAUUGAAAAAACUAAGAACUUAAAUCCGCAGAAUCAAGUGCGACUUAUGAUUUUAUCCAGCCAGGUGAUGUGCUCCUCUAGAUUCCCUGGUCUUGGAACAACUGGUACCAAUGCUCUUGCACUUUUAAAUACAGCAGUGGAGAUAGCCACUAGCAAGCACCUCUCGUAUCAGCAAGCCAUCAUAAAAAUGAAUCUUGCUAAUAUACAGCUUGUAAUGGGUAUGCCGAGCCAGGCAAUGAAGUUAGUCAACGAUGCUAUAAUACCCGUACUCAGCCACGGCGGGUGUCUUGACCAGGGAAGAGCAUUUGUUCUUUAUGCAAAAUGCUUACUAGCCACGACAGUAUCAAGCAUCACAGACGAUAGGAAAUCAGCGCUGGAAAAUGCUGUUAAGUCCCUGCGCAAAGCCAAGGAUCAUUUUAACAAAAUCGAGGCUUUUAGCAGAGUGAAAAAUGUUUUGUAUUUACUGAGCAUCUUGUAUCACGAACUCGAUUCUAAAGCUGAGCGCAAUCAAUGCGCCUUUGAAUAUCGUCAGCUAGACAUGCAGUUUCCUACAAAAUCGGAUUCUAAUAUUACUAUGUAUUAG